GAAACAAAAAGGAAGUGUUGUCCGUCUGAUCCUCAGAGCACAUAAAAAAAAAUCUUCGUCCAGUUCUCUGUUGUCUGUAAUUCAGCCAUGGAAGCUGCUGCCCUGAGCUCCUCCGCGACGAUAGUUUCCUCGUCUUCUCCAUCGCUCUCGAUCUUCUCGCCGACGAAGAGAACCGACUCGCUGAAACCGAGAAUCGUCCGGUUUUCGAAGAACAACGACAAGGAAUCCGAUCUGCAAUCUGAAUCGAAUUCAUCGAGCCUCGUCCCUCUCUUCGGAUACCGGACCCUCUCGAGGGAUGAGGCUAUGGGAUUGGUGUUGAGCUCAGCUUCAGUGAGAGGAUGGACAACAGGUUCGGGCAUGGAAGGGCCGUCGGUUCCAGCCGGGGCCGAGGAAAGAUCAGUGACGGAGAACGUAUCGACGUUUCCAUGGUCGCUCUUCACGAAAUCACCCCGCAGGAGAAUGCGUGUAGCCUUCACUUGCAACGUUUGUGGCCAAAGAACCACUCGGGCCAUCAAUCCUCACGCUUACACCGAUGGCACCGUUUUCGUGCAGUGCUGCGGAUGCAAUGUAUUCCAUAAGCUUGUGGACAAUCUGAACUUGUUUCAUGAGAUGAAGUGUUACGUGAACCCGAGCUUCAAUUACAGAGAUCAGAAGACGGACAUAAGCGGGUUCAGGCUCUUCGACAUGGACGACGACAAAGACGUCUUUGGAAUCUAAAGAGUACUUGUUGAUUAUACAUUGUCCUUGUGAUUAUACGGGCGUGGUGUUGUAUAUCUAUCUGUACAUAGCUACCUUCUCAUACCAACUUAGACAUCAAUAAUAAAUUCAGUAAGAGCCGUGAAUUUAUUCGGCUAUC